AUGCUCAAAAACUACCCGCGCUACGCCGUGCAAACCGGCUAUAUCUCCAAGCCCCGGCCACUCUCCGCGCGCCCGUCAAGAGGCCGCCCAGACGCGCCUCGCGCCCUCGAGAACCAGCGUGCUGAUUCCCGGUCAAGGUCAAGGUCUCGCUCUCGCUCCCCCAUACGCCCGCGCCUCCCCGCCUGGGUCUGGAAACGCCUCUUCCGCCGCAGCCGCAAGCCCGACAUCCCCGCGCGGCCCACUCGCGUCUCCCUCCCCCCACCCGCACGUUCCAGCCUGCGCAGCCGCAACAGCGCCUCCCGCUCUUCAGGGUCGGAGCCCAAUACCGCGGCGAAGAGAGUGACGUUCGUCGAUCAGGAAUGA